CCCCCGCGCCCGGGGAACCCGGGAGAGCGCCUUGCGCAGUGCAUCGCUCGGGCCUCUGUCCCGCGCCGCCGCCGCCGCCGCCGCCGCUGCCGCCUCCGCCUGGUUUCUCGGCGCCUGCGGUCUACAGCGGGGCCGCGCGCAGAGGCGGGGCGGCGGAUCUCCAAGCGCGCGGUGCUCCGCCCGCUCGGCGGCGGCGGCGGAGGCGGAGGCGGAGACGGCGGGGCCAGGCGGUGGCUGGAGAGCGAGGGAGCGAGCGCGGCGGCAGCACCGGGGCCAUGGCGCCCGCGCAGCGCCCGCUGCUGCCGCUGCUGUUGCUGCUGCUGCCGCUGCGUGCACGCAAUGAGGACCCGACCCGCGCCAACGCUGACCGCUACGCAGUCUACUGGAACCGCAGCAACCCCAGGUUUCAGGUGAGCACCGUGGGUGAUGGUAGAGGCUACACCGUGGAGGUGAGUAUCAACGACUACCUGGAUAUCUACUGCCCACACUACGGGGCACCGCUGCCCCCAGCGGAGCGCAUGGAACGGUACGUCCUGUACAUGGUGAACGGCGAGGGCCACGCGUCCUGCGACCACCGGCAGCGAGGCUUCAAGCGCUGGGAGUGCAACCGGCCCGCAGCGCCUGGGGGACCCCUCAAGUUCUCAGAGAAGUUCCAACUCUUCACCCCCUUUUCCCUGGGCUUUGAGUUCCGGCCUGGCCAUGAAUACUACUACAUCUCUGCCACACCUCCCAAUCUGGUGGACCGACCUUGCCUGCGGCUGAAAGUUUAUGUGCGUCCAACCAAUGAGAGCCUGUAUGAGGCACCAGAGCCCAUCUUCACCAGUAACAGCUCCUGCAGCGGCCUGGGUGGCUGCCACCUCUUUCUCACCACCGUCCCUGUGCUGUGGUCCCUACUGGGCUCCUAGUGCCGGGCUAGAGGACCCACCUGACCCCUUGACCUUCGCCCUCUGACCUGCCACGGCCACCUCCGAGACAAAGUCCUUGCUGCUUCUCUUUCAUGGUGCUGUCCCGCCGGAGGAGGCCAUCUACCCGUCCCUGGGAUGCAACAUGGGGUCCCACGGCCUGAGGAGGACACCCAGGCCAAGCCACGGCUGCCAGGGCCGCCCAGUGUUGUUUGAUUACGGUCAGAAAGACUUAAGGUUUUUCUUUUAAUUUAAUUUAUUCCCUGACAUUGCUGGUGACGUUGGGAAGGGAACAAGCCACAGGGCUGAGGUGGAGCCAUCUCUGGCCUUCCUGGAGGGCCAGAGAUCCAGGGACCUCCAGGCGCUCCUGUUAUUUGGGUCCCAGAUGGAGCCCACCACAGAUUUGCCUUGGGUUCCUCAGGCCAGGCAAGCCUGAGCCAGAAAGAGUGCAUGGUGCCAGCCCCUCACAGGGACUCUGGGGGUGUCAUCCCCCACUCUUCUAGCCACUGUCGAGCCCCACUCCCUCACCAUCUCAGAAAACCCUUUGGCCCAUGCAAUGCAGUCCAUACUGCCCCCAGGCACAAGCCAGCUGGGAAGUCGUUUUAUUUCUGUAAAUAGAAACCAGCAAGUGUAUACUGUGAUUUAUUUUAAUGUAUUCUUAAGGACAGAAUGGAAAUUCUUUAAAAAAAAUUUUUUCCGACCUUCAAUUCAAGAGGUCUUUUAUUUUGGUGGGGGGAGUGGGAUGGACUUUUUAGGAUAGAAGUAACACUUCGCAAUAAAUUCAAUUUUUUUUUUUUGGUCCGUUGGAGCCCGCCCCCUUGAUCAUGUGACCUAGUAAUGUUUGUAAGAAAAAAAAAGUAAAAAAAAAAAAAAAAAAGUGCAGGACUGGAAAGGAAGGGGAGCUACCUACCAAAAACACAGACGGCAAAGGACCGAGUGAAGCUGGCCGCACCACACAUUUAUACGGAUUUCGGAUUUCUACCCACGUUUCCUCACUCUGUUUUCUAUAUAUUCUAUAUAAAUAUAUAUUGUGGAUGCGAGGGGCGGCUGGGGCUUUUCUAGGGGCGGGGGAUGGGUGGCCCGGCCCCCUCAUCACAAUCAGCUCUGAAGUCUGUAUUUUUUUAUAAUAAAAUGCACAAACUGUAA